GGAGUCGACAUGGACGGCGUGCCGGAGGAGUUCUUGUGGCGCGGCAUGCAGCCGCUGUGGCGGUCGGGGCCGUGGACCGGGCUCUACCUCAGCGGCGUUCCGCAGAUGGGGCAAGAGAAUCUGGUGGAGUACCACUAUGAGCCGGCGACCCCCCAACAAUUCGUCUACUCCUACACCGUCCGCGACAGCUCCUUCCUCUCCAGAAUCACCUUGAACUCCUCCGGCCAGGUUCAGCUUCUGGUGUGGGCGGAGGACAACCACCAGUGGAGCGUUCGAGCAUACGUUCCCAUGGAUCCCUGCGACACCGUGGCGGCCCCAACGCGAUCUGCUCCCCCAACUCGUCGCCGAUGUGCGUGUGCCUGCAGGGGUUCCAGCCCAAGAACCUCACCAACUGGGACCUGAUCAAGAGCUGGUCCGACGGAUGCCUGAGGAAGACCGAUUUGGACUGCCGCAACACGACCGACGGAUUCUUCACCCAGAGCAGCGUAAAGCCGCCGGACAUGUCGACCGCGGUCAUGAACACGAGUUUGACCUUGGAGGAAUGCGGCAGUCUGUGCCUGAACGACUGCAACUGCACGGCCUACACGAGCGCCAACGUCACCGGGAGCGGCUGCAUUCGCUGGAACACGCAGCUCACGGACAUCAAGUUCUUCUUCGGCAGGGACGCUGGGCAGGAUCUCUUCGUCAGGCUCGCCGCCGCCGAUCUUAUCGAAGCCUACUCUGAAUCAAGCACUCCUCGCCGGCGGCGUGUAGGGCUGAUCGUAGCAGUUACUUUGGUGGCGUCGUUUCUGCUAUCCAUCGCUGCUUUUUGCAUAUGGAAAUGGAAGAGCAAAAGUAUAUCAUUAAUCCCUCGUAAUUCUCAGGCUACUCCAUCUGCUGAAACUGUCUUCUUCUCGGCACGCAGAGAGGUGCGUGAUUAAAGCAGCUGGACAAGAAGAUUUGAACCUCCCCUUAUUUGACUUCGGCGCCAUUGUCAAUGCCACCAACAAUUUCUCCAUUGGCAAUAAGCUCGGCGAGAGAAGAUUCGGCCCCGUAUACUGUUGUCUUUUUGACAGC